CAAACUCACUUUCACAGAAGCUUCCCUCUUCCAGACAUUUCUUACACUCUCUCUAUAUAUAUAUAACUCCUAACAACACGCCUUUCCUAUCAUUUUCCUUCGCUGCCCUCAUCUUCUAAGCGCCUCUUCAUGCACAGUAACAUCUUGAUUUCUUAAUUCCUUCAAAAAUUUAUUCAAUUUGCUGAGACAUGGCCGGCAUGCUUCCCGGUGUGGAGUGUGCUCGGCGGCGGAGAUUUCAUCAGAGCGGCGGCUUGUCGGACUCAACCACCUCCACCACCACUUCCUCCUCCACAAGAAGGUCGUCCUUUUGCCUGUACACAAGCAACCAUGAUUCCCAUCUCAGCUCAAGCUCAAGCUCCUCAUCCAUGCAGCAAAGGAGUACGAUUGGGAAGGCGUACCAAGAUGAGAAGCUAGGUGCUGCCGCCAGAGAAGCCAAGGAAAGAUUGGAUGAGAGGCUGAAAUCAGGUCAUUGCAAAUCUGACCACAAAAGGAAUUGUAGAAAAACGGCAGCAGAAAAGGGGGGAAUGGUGAUGGGAGAUGUGCAGAUGUUAAAGAGCAAGGCGAUGAAAUGGGCAAAAAAGUUGGGGUGGAAAGCGUCAGAGGAGGAGGAAGAGUGUGCCAUAUGUUUGGACCACUUUAAGGUUGGUGAGACAUUGAUGCAGCUGCCAUGUUCCCAUAGGUUCCACUCAAGGUGUUUGCUUCCUUGGCUUGACACAAAUGCACAUUGCCCUUGUUGUAGGAUGGGGAUUUUGUCUUCACCCUUUUAAUGGUUUUUUAAUUUUGGCCACGUUGAAGAAGAAAGAUGGACUAUUAUACAAUCUGUAAUUAGCUUGCUUGCUUGCUGUGGAUUAUGGUUGAGAAUUAAUAUAUAUA